UGUCGGUGUGAGGCGCGGGCGGCAUGAGCAGCAGGCACCGCGGCGGCGGCUGAGGCCGCGGCGGGGCGGGACCGUUGCCGAGCUGAGGAGCCAGGAAGGAGCCAGAGAUGGCGGUGGUGGCGGCGGUUCCGGUGGCGGCGGCGGGUUCAAGCGGGCCGCCGCUCCUGGCCGCUUCCGUCCUCCUGCCGGCGCUGAUGCUCUUGCUGCUCCCGCCGCAGCCGCCUCACGCCGUGGAAGGCGCCGGCCUGACGGAGAACGUGAUCUGGGCGGUCAACGCGGGCGGGGAGGCCCAUGUGGACGUCCACGGCAUCCACUUCCGGAAGGACCCCCUCGAAGGACGGGUGGGACGAGCCUCCGAUUAUGGCAUGAAACUGCCGAUCUUGCGAUCCAACCCAGAGGAUCAGAUUCUCUACCAGACGGAACGCUACAAUGAGGAAACCUUUGGCUAUGAGGUCCCCAUCAAGGAGGAAGGAGACUACGUUCUUGUGCUGAAGUUUGCUGAAGUCUAUUUUGCACAGUCCCAGCAGAAGGUUUUUGAUGUGCGCUUGAAUGGCCAUGUGGUGGUGAAGGACUUGGACAUUUUCGACCGAGUCGGACACAGCACAGCGCAUGAUGAGAUUAUUCCAAUUGGCAUCAAGAAAGGGAAGCUGAGCGUCCAGGGAGAGGUCUCAACUUUCACAGGGAAACUUAACAUUGAGUUUGUCAAGGGGUACUAUGAUAAUCCAAAAGUCUGUGCACUAUACGUCCUCCGGGGAACAGUGGACGAUGUCCCAAAGCUACAGCCCCACCCUGGCCUGGAGAAGAAAGAAGAGGAGGAAGACGAAGAGGAGUAUGAAGAAGGCUCCAGCACUAAAAAGCAGACCAAUAAGAACCGGGUCCAGUCAGGCCCCCGCACACCAAACCCCUAUGCCUCGGACAACAGCAGCCUCAUGUUCCCUAUAUUAGUGGCCUUUGGUGUCUUCAUUCCUACCCUCUUCUGCCUGUGCAGGUUGUGAAGGACGAGACUGCAAGGCCAGUGGCAGGCCAGAGGGGAGGAGUUGGACCAAGCGCGGAGGCUGUUUCGGUUUCUCAUAAUUUAAGGAAAAUUUAAAAAGGUUUGUUAAUGAGCAGCAGGUACAAUAAAGGGCAAGUUUGCACCAUCCUCUUUGAGGAAGGCAGCCUUCACCUACCCACCCUCGCAGCAACUGCCGCCUCCUUGAGCCACCCAGCUGCACCAUGAGCCGCCACUUUUCUGGUCCAGAGAAUCUUGAAAGCAAAGCCUGGGUAGUUCUGGCUCUAAGAUGCAGAUGAACUAUCUUCCCAGCGAACAGCAGGAUGGAGGGGCAAGGGCGAGCAGCGGGGAGAACGAACAGGGAGGGGCACGUCUCCAAAUGUUGGCAUGAAGAAGCAGACUUUGCCAUCACACAGCCUUGGCUGGAAUAAUCCACGUUUGUGCUAGGACUGCUUGCGGGGGUGGGGAAAAUAGGCUGGCUUUUUGACUCCUGCUGAAAUGUUUGUAACUCAACCCAUGGUACUUCUUUUCUUUUCUGAAAGAGAGAGAGGCUCACCCUUGCUGUUUGGGUAGAAAGGCUUUUGGUGACUGGAGCAAGAUGAACAGGUUGGUCUUGUUCAGCUGCCCUGCCUGGGAGAAAUGUUUUUUCCAUGGUCAUUGCAGCAUCUGACCGGCCACUCUGGAAAGGCUUAAGCCUCCAGAGGGCAGUUUCUUUUCUCGACACAGAACCCUUUGUUUGUCCCUGAAUGGUUCCCACUUCCCAUUUGCUUGUCCUUGGGGGAUUUCCUCUAAUGCCCCAUCAAUUGUUGCUUUAAAUGUCCCUCUAUUCUAAUGCACGUGCGUGCACACACGCGUACACACACACCUGUUUCGACACUCAGGACCCCUUUCCAUUCUGCAUGUCCCUGAUGAGAACUUGGUACGUAAAGAUUGGAGUUCUGGCAAAGAUUUAGGAUCUUUUUGAUUUCCUUGGUAGCCUUUUAAUCUCCCUUGUUCCAGGAGACCUGCCACCUUUUGAGCUGAAGAAGGCAUUUUACAUUUGUUUUUAGGAGCACCAGCGCAGGGAGACCUCUGUCACAACUUGUCUCCAUGCCCCUGGACCUCCUUGAAAUGCUUCAGUUGUGUUAUGUUUGUGUAUUUGUGUUUUUAAAUGGACUUGAAAAACCAAGUGCCAGUGUUUUGUUUUUGAAUUAUCAGGUGUAUCUCACUUUCACUGGUUUGCUGGCCACCAGUUUCUGGUUGUUUCUCCCCCCCCCCCCCCCAAUUCUGGGAGAUUAACAUUAACAGUCUGAAAUAGCCCUUAAAGAAAGGAGUACCAUCCCGAGAACUGCAGAUUGUAUAGUGGCAAAUCCUGUGCAGCCAGAAUAUUUGCGAUGCACUGUGAAAGGAUGAGCCAAGUAGGCAUCUUCUCCUUUCCUCGUUUUGGGGAGGCGGUUUCAGAAUAUGACCAAGAGAGAUGCCCACUUUAACCUUUUGUGGUAUAGGAGAGAGCUGUCAUAUUGACCUGGAUUGUGAUCAGUUUUCAGUGACACCUACAUCGCAGGGCCUGUCUGAUUCCCGCUUCCCGGUGAAAACAGGGAGAAUUAUUUUAAAUCUGUACAUUGGGUUUUUGUGGCUUUGUGGUUUUCCAUUGCUGUGACAAGAGAGUGAGAAUUGGCAGUCCAGUUCAGGAACAAAACAGCAUAGAGAAAGGCCUUUCAUGGGGAAACUAAACAGAGGGCGCAUCUCCAGUUGUUGGCUUGAAGCAGAUUUCGCUUUUUGUCUUGUCUUUCUGCACAGGGAAGAUUCUUGCAUAACUGUGAACUGGGCAUUAGUUGACACUUGGCAACUGGCAAGGCUGGAGCCCCCCUUGCACCCAUUUUUUGCAGGCAAUCUUUCUCCUCAUGUCACCAGCCAAAGUGGUCUUGCCUAGACUGACUAUUGUGGCUGAUCCAGACUGUCACCUCUUCAUUGUGCUCCUUCCCUGUACCCUUAUUUCCCUCUGCUCCAAACACACACACAAUAAACUUCCUGCCAUUUCCUUACACAGUCACUUGAGGAUGUCUUAGUAUGUGGCUGGCAGCUUUUUUGUGUCCUCUGUCCUGCAGUCCUUGGCAAGACUGGCCUAGUUUUGGGAGCCUUGAGCCCUGAGCCUUGAGCCUCCUUCACCCCUUCUUCAGAGUGCAGAAGUUUGCAGUUUGUUACUAUAAGUUGUCCUGUGUUAACAGUUGGGGCAUAUGCGCCCCUUGAGGUCCUCUGCUGAUUUCCUCCCAGGUACCGUCUCGAUAGGGAAAUUGUAUCUGAAAGGGGCCUUUGUUUCACAUUGCCAAUAAAUGCAUUAAACUCAA